AUGAAACUUGUCACAAAUUUUAAUCAUCAAAAUAUUAUUAAAUAUUUUGAUUUCGAAUAUGAACAAGGAAAUGCUUAUCUCACAAUGAAAUAUAUUACUGGUGGAAAUCAGAUUUUAAUUGAUGUUGCUCGAGGAAUGAUCUAUCUAAAUGAUCGUAAUAUUGUUCAAGGUGAUUUAAAAAGUCAUAAUAUUUUAUUACGAAAUGAAAAUCAUCUAGAUAGUUAUGGUUGCAUUAUUCUUGAAACUACAACUGGUCGUGAACGUUGGAUCGAUCAAUUUAAUGAUGAUGCCAUACUUUUUCGAGCCCUUCAACGUAAAGAAAAUGUAUCUGUCUUUGCACGAAUUUGUGCUAAUGAAUUCGGUCCAUCUCAUAUUUGUAAACUACUUAUUCAAUGUUGUGCUUGGUCAAAACCUAAUCGUCCAUGA